AUGGACGUGGCUGCAAUCGCAGGGGAAUCCGUCCAGUUACAGCCAGUGACGUGGCCAGAAUCUUGGGUAAAAAUCUCCUGGGAGGUUACACUGGACUCAGGAGAGACGUAUCGGCUCCUAACAGCUAAUAAAGGGGAAGCCCCUCACCUCCGGUCAGUCCUGCAUUUUGCCAGCAGAGUCACUUUGCACCCUGAGAAUCUCUCACUGCAGAUUGAUCCAGUUAACAAGUCAGACAGAGGCCUCUACGCCUUGGAAAUAACAGCGGCAGGAGGCCGUGUCGACCGCACCACGUUCCGUGUCUCUGUGUUUGAGCGCGUCCGGCAGCCAAACCUCACGGUGCUCUCGGCCCACACGCAGCACGGCCAGUGCAACCUCACCCUGUCCUGCUCCGUGCCUGGUGCUGACGCAGUCACCUACAGCUGGUCCCACGGCACAUCCCCCAUCCCGCCUGACAGGGACCAGCAGCUCCAUGGGAACCAGUCCCUGCUGCGGCUGGUGAUCGAUGCCGACAGCAACGAGACCUUCUACCGAUGUAACGCCAGUAACCGAGCCAGCUGGGGCGAGAACACUGUAGAGCUCCAAUCGGUGUGCGGCUUCCCAGCCCCAGGCACUGAUGUCCCAGCGGGGCCAAGCCCUACACUGACCUAUUGCCACGUGAGGGGGAUUCUCCUGCUGGUGGUGCUGGGAGCCCUGGUCACGGCCAGCGUCACGGUGCACGUCCGCACCCAGGACAGAGAGAGACUGGACUGAGCGAGCCCAGUGGCCCAGGCACGGAGCUGUCAGUGCUGCUUGGGGCCACGGCACCAUCUGCAAAGGGGCUUCUCUCUCCUGCUGGAAACGGGAGCCCAGAGCUCACCUGGCGACGGGCCCAGUGUCACGGGGUUGCAGUCACAGGAGCCCCUUCGGGAAUGUUCCCCGUGUGCCGAUCACGCCACUGACGCCUGCUCUCAGGGGCUCCCUGUCACCGUGCGCUCUUGGGUCAGACGCUGCUCUCCCCAGGCCAGGCACAGAGUCGGGGUCACCCCCCCGCAGAGCCAGGCAGACACUGACCCGCUGCAGUGCUGGGAGGGGGCAGUUCUAGGGCCCAGCCCCCGAAAGGGGUCAGAGCCCAGAUAAAUCCGUCCUGCUCCGCGUAAGUUUCACAGCACAGCCCGCGAGGACGUGCAGCCUCUCUCAGAGACAGGGAAGGGGGGUGCGCAAUGGCCCCUCCCCGCAGGGACAGUGAUUUACACUGGGGGGAAUAGCAACCGCUCCGGCACUGGCCCUGCGAAGGGGGUUACGUGGCUGCCCGUGAAAACAGACGGGAGUUGCUAUAGGGAGUUGCUGGGUGUCUGCUGGUGGGUCCUGCCCACAUGCUCAGGGUUCAGCUGG